GAACGUAGAGAUUCACCUGAAAGCAACAGUUAUGCAGAGAAGCUACAGAAAACAUGCAUCACUUUGUGAAGCCAAGAAACAACUUCAUAGCGCCCUCAUAAUACAGAACUGGGUAAAAGGGAGACUGUGCCGCAUUCGGUUUCUGAAGCUCAAGAGGUCUGUCCAUGUGAUUGAAACAGCAGCAUUACAGUGGAUACACAACAGUCAUGAUAAAGAAAAGAAACAACCAGCCACCAAAAUACAGGAAGAAGAGAUAGAGGAAGUUCAAGAAAAACCAAAGAAAUUGGGUAAAAUGAAAAGAUUCCGAAAAUGGCUGAAACGCACUUUCUGUUGCUCAGGAUAAAUGUAA